CGCGCCGCUAGCCCCAUGCCGCCAGUCGGGACACCGGCGUUCGCGUAGCAGCAGUGUAGCAGCACGCAGAGGACGACGAGGACGCCGACAUCGAAGUGAAGCCAGUGUGUUUUGCCGCCCCAGGUCCGCCAACAGCACCGCCAUGGCCGACCAGCUCAAGGACCGCCUCGCCCACGUGAGCCUGGACCACGCCGACAGCUCCAACCGCGCCUGCGGCCUGGACCACCUGAGGGACCCCCGCCUCAACAAGGGCAUGGCCUUCUCCCUGGCCGAGCGUCAGGCCCUCGGCAUCCACGGCCUGCUGCCGCCCCGCUUCAAGACCCAGGAGGAGCAGCUGCAGCUGUGCAAGAUCAACAUCGACCGCUACACCGACCCCCUCAACAAGUACAUCUACCUGAUGGGGCUGCAGGACCGCAACGAGCGGCUGUUCUUCCGCUUCCUCUCCGAGAACGUCAACGAGUUCAUGCCCAUCGUGUACACCCCCACCGUGGGCCUGGCCUGCCAGAAGUUCGGCCUCAUCUACAGACGGCCGCGCGGCCUCUUCAUCACCAUCCACGACAAGGGCCACGUCUACGACGUCAUCAGAAACUGGCCUGAGAGUGACGUUCGCGCCAUCGUGGUGACCGACGGCGAGCGCAUCCUCGGCCUGGGCGACCUCGGCGCGUACGGCAUGGGCAUCCCCGUGGGCAAGCUGGCCCUGUACACGGCGCUGGCCGGCAUCAAGCCCAGCCAGCUGCUGCCCGUCACCCUGGACGUGGGCACCAACACCCAGUCCCUGCUCGACGACCCGCACUACAUCGGCCUGCGCCAGAAGCGCGUCAGCGGCGCCGCGUACGACGAGUUCAUCGACGAGUUCAUGAAGGCCGUCAUCCGGCGCUUCGGCCAGACCACCCUCAUCCAGUUCGAGGACUUCGGCAACCACAACGCCUUCCGCCUGCUGGAGAAGUACCGCGACAGCUAUUGCACCUUCAACGACGACAUCCAGGGCACCGCCUCCGUGGCCGUCGCCGGCAUCCUGGCCUCGCUCCGCGUCACCAACACCCGCCUCUCCGACAACGUGCUGCUCUUCCAGGGCGCCGGCGAGGCGUCGCUCGGCAUCGCCGGCCUCUGCGUCAUGGCCAUGAAGAACGAGGGCACCUCCGAGGCCGAGGCCCUGAAGCGCAUCUGGCUGGUGGACUCCAAGGGCCUGAUCGUCAAGAACCGCCCCGAGGGUGGCGUCACCGGCGAGAAGGUCCGCUUCGCCCAGGACCACGCCCCCGUCAAGACGCUCACCGAGGCCGUGAAGCUCGUCAAGCCCUCCAUCCUGAUCGGAGCCGCGGCCAUCGGCGGCGCCUUCACCCCCGAGAUCCUGCAGACCAUGGCCGCCAACAACAAGCGCCCCAUCGUGUUCGCGCUCAGCAACCCCACCAGCAAGGCGGAGUGCACGGCCGAGGAGGCCUACAACCACACCAAGGGCCAGGUGGUGUUCGCCAGCGGCUCCCCCUUCGACCCCGUCACCUACAACGGCAAGACCUACCACCCCGGCCAGGGCAACAACGCCUACAUCUUCCCCGGCGUCGCCCUCGGCGUCAUCUGCGCCGGCGUCAAGCACAUCUCCGACGAGAUCUUCUUCCUCGCCGCCCAGACCCUGGCCAACCUCGUCUCCCAGAAGGACCUCGACUCCGGCAGCCUGUACCCGCCCCUGGAGGACAUCCAGCACUGCUCCUCCGUGAUCGCCGAGGCCGUCGCCGAGCACGCGUACAAGACCGGCAUUGCCAACGUGUACCCGGAGCCUGCGGACAAGAAGACCUUCAUCCACAGCGCCCAGUACAACUACCAGUACGCCUGGUCCUCCGCCCUGCCCGCCGUCUACGACUGGCCCAACGGCGCCGGCGCGCACAUCUCCAACGGACACAAGGCCUAGGGACACCACCAAGAAGAAGAAAGAAAGAAGAGAAUUAAAACAUAAAAACAGAACGACGAUUUGUCCGUCCUUGGGACAUUCCGAGAACUCCCCGAGACUAAUCAGUGACAUUGUGAUAAUAUGACGCUGUGUGAGUGUAGGCGAUGAUCAUAUUGAUCGGAAAAGGAAAUUCGUUUUCAUUAAAAUAAAAAAAUGUUUGUGAACGUGGUCACUUGCAUCUCCACGACUUUGAGGGACGAACCGAGGCGAUUCUAUCCGAGCAGCCUUGCCACGAUCUCUUACCACAAGGAGGGCCUAUGGCUCGGCCUAACUGUACAUUUCAUUUUCAUUGUAAUUUAUUUAUUUUCAGAGAAGGAUUUUUUAGGGAGCGUGGGGUAAAAAAUAACCGAACAAUGGAGGGGAAGGGAUGGGUUCACAUGAAAAAUGUAUGUAUUUUGUUCCAUGAUAUUUCUGGAAAUUCUGUUCUAUUAUUAUCAUUCCGAGGCGCAAGAAAAAAAAUAAAUUGUUAAUUUAGGAUUAUUUACAUUUGUAACUUUGUUCUUUGUUAGCACUAAGCUAGCACGGAGCGCAUACUCCGAGUUGUUCUUCCAUGCCUGUUUUUCUUAGAGAAAUAAAAAACUGCAUUUUUAAAGA